CAGUACACCGACAGUUCCUUGAUUGUUGGAGCGACAAUGUUUUCACACUUUUUCCAGCUGUCGAACCGGCGUCCUUGUGAGUUAAAAUGACUUUACAGUCUAUCGGGAGACUGCAGAACUGAUUUCCCGUCAGUUUAAGAUCCAGAAGGUUCCUUCGAACAUUUACGGACCUGUUGACGAACAUUAACAGGUUAAACUUUUCUAAUAUGUCCCAAACAUUUGUGCUCUGUACGUUAGUUAGCCAGCUAGCCUAAUUAACGAAACGUGACAACCCCGUUUAAGUUGUCAUGGAUACCGGAGGAGAGACGACCCCCGAGAUUAGUACUGUUUAUGCAGCUGUUUCUGGAAAACCGAACCCAGAAUCGACGAGUCUGCUGCCUUUUAAAGUUUACAAGAGGAGGUGGUUUGUGCUGCUGGUGCUGUGUCUCUUAAACUGCUCCAACGCUACGAUAUGGCUUACCUUUGCACCAGUUGCAGACCAGUCAGCCCAGUACCUAAAGGCCACUCUGGAGGAUAUUAACUGGUUGUCCCUGGUCUUCAUGGUGGUUGCCAUACCGCUCAGCUUUGGGACCACCUGGAUGUUGGACACCAUUGGGUUACGGAUCACGCUGAUCCUGGGAUCCUGGCUGAACAUGCUUGGAGCUCUGCUGCGCUUCCUCGGCACGCUGCCGAUGGAUGCUUAUAAACUCCAGUUUCCAGCAGUGAUGUUGGGUCAGACUCUCGGCGCCCUCGCCCAGACUCUCAUCAUCUUCACCCCCACCAAAAUGGCCGCCCUGUGGUUCCCCGACUGUCAGCGAGCUACAGCCAACAUGAUCGCCUCUAUGUCAAAUCCCCUCGGCAUCCUGCUGGCCAACAUUAUUUCUCCUGUGAUCGCCGAAACAUCUGCUCAAAUCCCAAAACUGCUGCUGGUCUAUGCUGUCCCAGCAUGCAUCACCUGUUUCCUAGCAACAGUGGGAAUAUGGAGAAGCAAACCCCCAACGCCACCAUCAGCCAGUGCCGAGAGCUCUGGGUCAGAGCCGUUCAUACGGGGAUUAAAACUGUUAAUGAAGAACAAACCUUACCUCAUCCUACUGCUGUGCUUCGGCUCAGGCAUUGCCGUUUUUACCUGCUUCUCCACGCUGCUGGAGCAGAUCCUGUGUGUGAAGGGCUACACCAACGACUUUGCUGGUCUUUGCGGUGCUCUCUUCAUUGUCUUCGGCAUCAUUGGUGCCGGUGUUGUUGGUGUCUACGUGGACAAGACGAAGAAAUUCACCGAGGUCACAAAGAUCGGCCUGGGCUUCUCUACUCUGUCGUGCAUCGCAUUCUCAGUGGUGAGUCUGAUGCCCCAUCAGAAGGUUGCAGUUGCAGCCGUCUGUUCUCUCUUUGGCUUUUUUGGUUUCUCCAUCUACGCUGUGGCCAUGGAGCUGUCAGUGGAGUGUUCAUACCCGGUCGGAGAGGCCACCUCAGCUGGACUCAUCUUUGUUUCAGGGCAGGUCCAGUCGGUUGUUUACAUCAUCCUGCUGCAGGCUUUGACCAAACAGCUCACAGAAUCUCCUCUAGCCACCUGCGGAGAUGCAGUCCUCAGCUGGAAAGUACCCAUGAUGGUGAUGGCAGGCCUCUCCAGUGUUUUCACCUGCUGCUUCCUCAUCUUCUUCCACACCCGUUACAGACGGUUGGAGGCGGAAGAACAAGCUGCUUACAGGACCGGAGGAAAUAAUGCUACGACCACCUCCUAUCAAGCAGUGGAGACCUGAAGGACUUUAAAACAAAACAGUUAUGGGUGGGAUCCAUCCCCUGAUGAAGUUGUAUGAUUGUUGAAUCAAGACAUUCCUGCACACUAUGAUUCUCUGAUAAUACAUUAAGUAUUCAUUAAACAGUACCAGGGACAAUUUAUUUAUGCAUUCUCUUGUUUCUAAAGAGAAACAUGAAAUCAGAGAUUUCCUGCACUAUUAAGAUGUUCAUAGGAAGGGCAUUUCAGUUGUUUUUGAACUUAUUUUAUAGUAAUCACCCUAAUUGAAGUACUGAGGAAUGGCUAAUUUUGUACAAUAAUUUAAUCACUGUUUUCUCAGUUUUUAUCAUGCCUUGGUGUAGGCUCCCUUAACACUGGAUUAAAACCCCCCAUCAUGGUCUCCAGGACCUCUCUGCUCACACUUCUUCCUCCACAUCACCAUGACUUCUCUUUGAGGGUUUGGAAAAUUAUGUUUUUUAUGUUGCACUUCAAAUGCAGUCAACCAGCCUAUGCGCAAUUUGGAGGUGUGUGCUCUUUUUCCAGCUGGAAGCCCAGCAGAUACGUAUCUCUAUGGGCAAUGGGCUUGCUUGGUGAAAUCCUUUUGGUUCCAGCCAGAUUAGGAGCAGAACGCAAUGGCCAUAGCAACUGUGCAGCCAGUUUUAAAAUCAGAUAUUUGGAGAGCAGACAGCCAGAUGUGGGUGCAAUGAUGUUGCAGCCUUGGCAUGUGUCCAUUCUCUUCAAAUUUCACUGCUGCUCAGGGUCCUCGACACAAUACCGUGUACCCAGAUAUGCUUCUACAAUUAUAAAUCACCAAAGUCUCAAAAUAGAAGUUAUGUGCAUGCUCUGUCACACCAAAUGUGAGGGCAUUGCAUCCUUGGUGACCAUCCAAGAAGACCAUCCAGGGCCUGGGUGAUUGCUUUUAUGUUGUUGUGCUGCAUUAUUCUGGUGUGAAGGAAGCCUUUGCUUAUAAAUCUUACGGGUACUAAACAAGAUAUUUCAGACUUCAAAUCUGAGAAAACACUCACCAGGUUUACUGAUAGAGGGGUCGGGGUAGUUUAUAAUAUGGAUAAAAAUACCUCAUUGAUUAGAUGCUGAAGUAUAACUGGAAAAUCAAAACAGAGGAGCAGCACCACUCGCUGCUUUUUGAGACCACCUGGGUUGUUGCAGUUGACUAAACCUGCCCAGGAAAGCAAACAUUUUCUGAUGAUGUAAACAAUGUUUGCAGUGUCAGAUCUUAAAAAUAUGAAAACAAAAAACCACCUGAAGAGCUUUGGUUAACUUUAGAGAAAAAAUAAAAUAACAUCAUAGUAACCAGGAUUUACUAUAAAACUGAAACUGACUUGACUCCCAUUUGCCAAAAAUAUUGAGAUUAAAAUCCAACUAAGCACUAAUGUAUAAAACAAUAAAACUGUUACAGAAUUGUACAUUUAAAACUUCUAACCACUUACCGUAAUAAAAAUGUUUCUUUUGAA